UGACCGAGGAUUUAUUGUAUGAAAAGUGAUUAGUUAGAUUUUAGAUAUUGAACUUUGGAUAAAACAGUGAUUUUGCUUAUUUUCAAUAAUGCCGACAGACGUAGAAACAUUAAUGGAGAUGGGUUUCCCUCAAAAUAGAGCGGAACGAGCUCUGGCUGUCACCCAAUACAAAUCGGUGCAAGUUGCAAUGGAUUGGCUGUUUGCUCACAGCGAUGACCCAGACAUAGAUGAACCAUUCCAGGCACCAGAGGGAAACAAGCUUGGAGGAAAUGAGACUGAUCAAGGCACUGAAGGCAGUGAGCAACAAACAGGCGAAGGUGGGGACACACAAGAAGAACAAGGAACACCAGCGCAGGCCAAGUCACUCAAGUGUGAUGAGUGUGGGAAAAAGUUAAGAACACCAGAGGAUGUACAAGUUCAUGCGGCAAGAACGGGUCAUGAGAAUUUCUCUGAAUCCCUGGAGGAGAUAAAGCCACUGACUGCUGAAGAGAAAAAGGAGCAGGUCUUGAAAUUGCAAGAACGGAUGAAACAGCGUCAGCUGGAGAAACAGCAGGAGGCAAAACGUGAGGCCAUCGAGAAGGAGAAGAUGAGAAGAAAACAGGGUAAAGACAUGACAGAGGCAAAACACAAGAUGGAAAUGGACGAGGUCAAGAGACUAGCCGAGUUGAAGAGGCAAGAAAAGCUAGAUGAAAAGAAAGCAAGGCAGAGAGUGAAGGAAGAGAUCGAGAGAGACAAGUUGGACAGAGCAGCGAGGUAUGCCAAGAUGUCAGGUCAAGGAGCAAGUGCUGAAACCUCCCCGACUAAGCCCGUUGCAGAGCCUGCAGAACCCCCCACUGCAGCUGCUUCUAAGAAAGUUUACGACUCCACCAGGCUUCAAAUUCGGCUACCCAACGGAACAGCCAUCACCCACUCAUUUGGAGCGAUGGAACAGCUAGCCUCAGUGAGGCUGUACGUGCAGCUCAACCGAACUGACGGUAACACCACUCCAUUCACACUCAUGACAACAUUCCCUAAGAAAGUCUACAAUGAUGAAGACAUGGAGAAACCCCUCAAAGAAUUAGGUCUGGUGCCUUCUGCUGUUCUAAUGGUGACCAAACCCGUAUCGUGAUGAUCACCACCCUACCAACUCUUCUUUGGUCCUACCCCUCUCUUCCAAUCACCAUAGCAUCUUAAGGCAGGCUUAUAGUUUUCCAGUACUGUAUUAAAAAAGUUAGGGUUGUAUAUUACAUCCCAACAAAUCUGCACAGGCAGGGAAACUCAAACAGAUGCAGAAUGGAAAUUUACAAAAAGCAUAUAAUAAUGUAGGCAUAUAAAAAUAAAACAUAUAAGUACAAAAAAAUGUACAUGUGUAUGCAGAAACUUUUCCAUAAUCUAAUUGAACACUCCUCGUAAAUAUCCAACUCCACAACCACAUGUUAAGAUGUCAGCACACAUUUAAUCAGAGCAGCCGAUCUUUGCAGGGAAAUCAAGCUGGAACUGUUUUUAAAACAAAUUAAACUCAAAAACUGCCUGUAUGGUAAUUGCAUUUAUAAUGCAAGAUUGAGCAUAUAAUGCUUUGACAUAAGACCAUUUUGUGGAUACGUAUAAUAACGUUCUUUGAUGUUCUUUGGCAAGUUUUAAACAAAAUGCAGACAGUUAUAUAAUACAAAUCAUGAAACCAACUCCAUGCCAAGUAAACAUUUCUCAUCUUUUUCAAACUUUGACUUUAUGUAUGAGAAUCUGUAAAGUGGAAAUUUCAAAAUUCUAGGUAAAUUUCCUUUAAAACUUUUGAAACUUUUUCAAGAAAGCUCCCUCCUAAAAUAAUUGUAUCUAUGUCAACAAGCUUUCGCUAGAAGACGAUCAGAGCUUACUGAUCGAAACGUGGAGUUGAAA